CCCAAUUCUCCAAACUAUACAAAAUAAACGAAGAAGAAGUAAAGCGGAAGUGACGUUAAAUGUUGUCAUGGCGUCUCACAUGUAAAUCAUCCAGCUUCAAAAAAUUAACAAAAGUCUUUAUUGGGAUAUUUUAAGGUUAAAGUAAAGCACCUGGCUGUAGGAGUCUUCCAGGACCAAAAACAUGAGCACUCAAUACAGCAUCCUCUUCAAACAAGAACACGCACACGAUGAUGCCAUCUGGACAGCAGCGUGGGGGAAAAGUGAGGCGGAUGGGACAGAAACGAUUGUCACAGGCUCAUUGGAUGAUAUGGUGAAAGUCUGGAAAUGGUCAGACGAGAAGCUGGAGCUGCAGUGGACUCUGGAGGGCCACCAGCUGGGCGUGGUGUCCGUGGACAUCAGUCACAACGGGGCCAUCGCCGCCUCCAGCUCCCUGGACGCUCACAUCCGCCUCUGGGACCUGGAGUCAGGAAAACAGAUCAAGUCCAUGGAUGCUGGACCAGUCGAUGCAUGGUCGGUUGCCUUCUCCCCAGACUCUAAAUACAUUGCCACGGGGAGCCAUCAUGGCAAGGUCAACAUCUUUGGUGUGGAAAGCGGCAAGAAGGAGUAUUCUCUGGACACUCGAGGAAAAUUCAUCCUCAGUAUAGCUUACAGCCCUGAUGGGAAAUAUUUGGCCAGUGGAGCCAUCGAUGGAAUCAUCAACAUCUUUGACAUCGCCACUGGAAAGCUGCUCCAUACACUGGAAGGUCACGCUAUGCCCAUCAGAUCCCUCACCUUCUCCCCGGACUCUCAGCUGCUGGUUACCGCCUCCGACGACGGCUACAUCAAAAUAUACGACGUGCAACAUGCUAACCUGGCCGGCACUCUGAGUGGACACGGAUCCUGGGUUCUUAAUGUCGCCUUUUCCCCAGAUGACACUCACUUUGUCUCCAGCUCAUCGGACAAGAGCGUGAAGGUGUGGGACGCCAGCACCAGAGCCUGCAUCAACACGUUCUUCGACCACCAAGACCAGGUGUGGAGCGUGAAGUACAACAGCAACGGCUCCAAGAUCAUCUCAGCCGGCGACGACCGAGCCAUCCACAUCUACGACUGUCCCAUGUGAUGGAGGGAGUCCAUGGCACAAGCUACAGGCGGCGAGGCAGCUGUUAAUUCAGAUCGUACAGUUGAAGUUGAUGAUUGGAGGAGGCGGGGUUAAAGUUGUAAAAUAUAAUAAGGUUUUUUUUUUUGUUGCACUGGCCCGCUGCGGUCAAAUAAAAGGGUUUGUUUUCUA